AUGAGCAAAAGCUACACUCUGAAGCAGCCUGGAAGAAUAGCCUACGAUGCUGGUGUGAUCAAGAAGUUUUGGGAGGAAAAGAUCGAGCUGCACACAAAACAGCUGCAGAGCGAGGACAUGAGGACCCGCAGGAGCGCCCUGGACAGGCUCCGCGGCGAGUGGGCUCGGAUGCUGGAAGGCAGGAACAAGAUGCUGCAGGGCCCCCCCGAGGCCCCCACGCGGCCGUGCCUGCUGGGCCCCCAGCCUUCCCACGCACAAGACACGACGGCAGCCUGA